CAGCAGCAGCGCACCGGUAUGUUGCAGACGCUGCGCUCGCCUCACCCGUCACUUUCGGACGACGAGGACGCACGCCGGCACAUGCACAAGCACCGCAAGAAGCCGUUGGGCGGCAAGAAACACUCGCACCACGAGGGGUCUCGACGGCGGUGGCGCGACGAGGUGUCGGUACGUGAGCGUCGUCGAUACGAGGCCGUGUGGGCAAGCAACCGCGGCCUGUUUCUGCGGCCGGGCUUUGCCUAUCAACACCCGGACAACUGGCGGACGCGCGGCAGCAGUCCUGAGGAUGCAGGCGAUGAGCCCAGCCAGACGGACCUGAGCCGCGCACGGGACGGCCCCGAGGCUGAUCUAGUAGUCAACGUCGUGGUGCGCGACAUCUGGAGCCGCAGCCGCCUGCCGCCCGAUGAGCUGGCCGAAGUCUGGGACCUGGUCGACCGCGAUAGCCGUGGUGCCCUCGGCAGGCAAGAGUUUGUCGUCGGGAUGUGGCUCAUCGACCAACGACUGCGCGGACGCAAGAUCCCGGCCCGCGUCACGCCGAGCGUGUGGAACAGCGCGCGCGAUGGCGCCGUGGUCCCCGUGUCCCCGAAGCGCUCGUCAAAGAAGUAA